UGGAAGCGUCAAGUUUCAGAUGUGCCAGUGAAACAGUUGAACCGAACCACAUGGACAACAUACCAGUGGAUAUUAUUUUCCGGGUGUAGUUGAGUUUUAAGGUAGUUAGCUCCCGUGAAGUAUGAGGGUACGACCAAAAUCAAAACUACCGACAGCAUCAGGCGCAUGUAACUGACGAUCUCUGACAAGGAAACGAAAAUAUGUCCAGAGGUUACAUGUCUCACUGGAGGACUCAGCUUGUGCUUCCUACAAAACACGAUGGAGAAUUGCACAUUAACGCCAGCUCCUCUUUCUUUAGAGCUCUGGCGACUAUCAUGGGCCUGCUUUAGAUGAUGCUCGAGCGAGCUCCGGCUAGUUUUUUUUUUUAAUCCAGCAUUAGCUUCUUAAAUUACUGUCCCCUCUGAGGUCGGAUAAAUGAGGAGAAAUGGAUGAUGUUAUCACUCUCAGCUCCGACGACUCCGAUGUGGAGAUCGUCGGCUCCUUCAAGACUGAGCCGCUGCCCCUGGCGUCUGUGCGGAUUGACGUCGAUGCCGUUAAAGUCAACGUCCCACCGCAUUUUAUCGACCUCACAGAUCCAAGGUGGACUCUUCCAGAACUGAAAAGGUGCAAAAGACAAAAUUCCACUGCCUUGACAGUGGCAGACUUGACUGAACACAACAUAGCAAAUGGUACACAACAGGAGACAGAGAAUUUGCUUCCAGGUGACUGUAAAAUAAAAAAAGAAAGUUCAAAUAAAGAUCACACCUCAGACAAACAAGAUGUUAAUUUACAGGAAAGCUCUUCGAGAGAAUCAGCUGUUCUUGCUCAACAGCAGGCCUGUGGUAACCUAACUCCAAAGUGGAGACGUCUGAAUUCUCAAACACAACACCAAAUGCUGGACUCUAAAGAACAUUCCCGCUAUCACAUACCAUCUGUAGAAUUGAGACGACUGCCUUUUCUCGAAACGCAUGUGAGGGAACUGAAAACAUCAAGUUGUUCUGUUUAUUUUACCAAAGACUGUGCACAAAUGUCACUGUCCUUUACACAAAUGGACAUUAACAACGAUGCACCAGAAUGCAUGAGUAAUUUGAGGACACCUACAUCACCACAUGGUCCUUGUAUGGAGCCUUCACUGGACGAGUCUCCUCCUAAGGUGACUGAAUAUCUUAUCGGACAGGAACAGCAGGAGGACAAUAACGAAUUUACAAGCACACAGUUAGAUGACUUCUGUGGUCAUUCAUCCCCCCACUCUCCCACCACCAGACUAAACCCUUCUGAGCUUUUUGACCUUGACUCUAUGCUCCACAGAAGUCCCUUAUCUCACAAUCUUCAGAGCCACACUGACCCAACACCCACCUCUGAACAUACACCAGCUGAAAACACAUCUGAAUGGCAAUCAGAUGAGGCUAUGGCUGAAAGGGGCUCUGACAGCCUUGACUUCUUGCACUGUAACAUCCCUAGUGAACCACAGUUCUCAGUGCCUAAAACUGAGGACAUGGAUAAAGGAUCUGAGACCGGGUCAUACAGAGGGGAUCUGGGAAUUGACAGUCCGGUGUCUUUUCAUUGGCAAGACGGGAGUGACGGAGAAGAAGUGAACCAAGAGAGCAGAUUUGAUAAAGAAUUCAGGACGGCCAGUAGAGAGGACAGGCAUUUUGUGUGUCCAGUUACACUCAGGAAAAUAAUGUCUGGGCCAGGUCAAGCCUUGAUUGAUUUGGAAGAUGAAGGUUUGGGAACUCCAGAGGUGCUAUGCCGUCAGAGCCUGAGCCUGGUUUACAGUACCAUUGAUGAGAACUACCCAGAGGGCACUUUGCAGCUCUUGUCUGACCUACUACAGCCUGGUUUCUAUCCCCCCAGAGAUAUCACUACCCAUCUACUCCGCAGCAUUCUGCUCGAUCCACAGUGUCCCAGUCACCUGUGUGUGCAGGCCUUUAAUCUGCUGAUGAGGACACAGAGACACCACAUGGCUGAUAAAACCACAGUUGCAUGGGACUGGGAGUUAUUGACCUCAGUCGUGGUGAGUCAGGACGGCAUAAAGAGACAUCGAUGUGAGGUUGUGCGCAUGCUCCUGGAGUACGUUGUGCAGACGUUAGAGGAUGACUUCCAGGCCAAGCGUUCUGUUUCUGCGCUCCACCAGUCGGUUGCCAAAGCCACAUUGUCAUGUGAUCAGCAGUUCUCUCAAGUCAAGGACGUCAUCAAGUGGCUUUUUUCUGCCAUUAUGAAAUCAACAGAGCAUGGAGAUAGUAGAAAAAGCGCCAGAGAGAGAGAUGAACAAAUCAGAAUGGUGUCCAUCUUCCAGAGGAUGCUGUCUCUGGCUUUAGAGGUAGAUCGCUCUCCAGCUCUCAGCUCUGCCAAGCUGUCCCAGGAGCUCUUCCAUAUGCUCAUCAGCAAUAUGCCUUUACGAGCACACAGGAUGUUGUUGCUGGAGAGCCUGCAAAGCAAUCUGCUGAGAUGUAAGCUGUUGGAACAUCUGUUGGACUAUGCAUGCCCACAGAAAAUCUCUGUGCCCAUGUCGCUUAGUCUGCUGCUUCACUUUAUGAAGAACUGCACUCUGGCACCAGACCCUAUGGACGGUACUGAAAGGUGGCAGAGGUGGGAAGAGCUGGUCCAUCUUCUCUGGAUGUUACUGCUCAGCUACAACAAAGCGAUGAAAGGCUAUCUGUGCAGCUCAGUCACUGAACAAAGAGUUGGCACGCUGGUCUACAAACCAGAUGACAAGGUAUCCAAGCCCGCCAUCCGCGAAGCUGUGGAGGCCUUCCUGUCCAGAUCCCAGGCUGACCUCGGCCAAACAUUACCUCUCCAUGUGGAAGAGUCUCUCACUUAUCUACAGGAUCACCUGGUAGCUGUCUGUCAGUGUUGAAUUAAAAGCUCUUUCUUGUGCUUGUUCUCUUUGAAGACCUGUGACGCACUGAAUUAAUUUAAUAUUUAUAAUUUUCUAGCUUUUAUGUUGUACACUUUGAAUUUUAAAUAAAGAUUUUAUGA